AUGCAAGAGCAGCCUAAUCAUGACCUUCCAAACGCAAAUGGAACCGCGACUGCUUCCACGCCAAAAAGGAAACCCCCGAAGCUCCGACCGCCCAAGCUGCGAAAAGGUCCAACUUCAGAGCCAGAAUCAAGCAAUUCCAAUGAGCAGAGAGUGAAUGGAAUUCCAGAGUCUGCCAAAUCAAAUUCUGUUUCUUCAAUCCCGGAAAGCAGUUCUACGGGACAGAUGCAGGAGGAAAACCAGUCACCUUCACCUGAGCCGGCACCGCAGGUUGAAAAUCCGAAAGAGCGUACCCGACACCACAGGAGAGUCCGUCGAGUUUCAACACUGGCACAGGAUCCAUCCCAAGACCAAGACACCCAGCUUGAGCAAAGGGACAAUAGAAGCCUGGAACAGCGGAAGGUACAGGAAACGCAAGUGAGCAACGUACUUAACCCUCCGGAAGCUCAGGGGCAGGUACAGCGAGCUGGCGAGCUUGUUCCACAAGCAGCAGAUGGAGCUGUCGAACAAGUGAGAGAGACUACCGAGGUAAAGCCUCAGUCGCAAAAGAACGAUCAAUUAAGGUUGAGGCUGGACUUGAAUCUGGAUGUGGAGGUUGAACUGAAGGCAAAGAUCAGAGGAGAUCUCACGCUGCAAUUACUUCAAUAG